GUGAGUGUAAAAACAGAGCGAAGGCAGUAGAGCAACAAAGAAACAUCAUGAAGGUUAUUGUGUUUCUUCUGGUCAUUUUGGCUGCAGAUGCAAAGAAAUAUGAGAGAUGUGAACUAGCUAAAGCUCUAAAUGCUCGUGGCAUGAGUGGCUAUGCGGAUGGUAGUCUGGGAGAUUGGGUUUGCUUAAUACGCUCGGAGUCAAGCUACAACACUGCAGCCAAAAACCAUAACAAGAAUGGCUCAAAAGACUACGGGAUUUUCCAGAUCAACAGUAACUACUGGUGUCAUGAUGAUGAUAAACCCGGUAGAAGCAAUGACUGUAACAUCAACUGCUCACAGCUCCUGAACGAUGACAUUUCUUUGUCUGUUAAAUGUGCCAAGAUCAUAGCGAAAAGGCAUGGCCUAAAUGCAUGGUACGGCUGGAAGAACCACUGCAAGGACAAAGAUGUGAGGCAAUAUAUCAAAGGAUGUGGACUUUAACUUUCACACUUUACUUCUUUGGGUCAAAUAAUGUUACUUUAGGUGUGAUUCACCAUAUUUUCUAUUUCUUCACCAUGCAUCAUUUCAAUUUACUACGCUAACCUAUAAUAAACUUUACUAGCUUGAAAUGAUCCAAUUAAAAAAAAACUUACUAUUAUUAGUAUUAUCUAUUAUGAACAAUUACAUUUCAUCUUAGAUUAUGUUUAAUAUAGAUAGUAUUAUGAUCUGCUAAAGACCAGAUUACGUAUCAUGAUCUAACACUUAAAACCUUUCAAAGAAUCAAACAGCGUAGAAAUCAAAAACUGUACUUUCUUUUUCACAGAACUAUAAAUUUACUUAAAAUGCACAAUAAAACUGUAUAAAAAAAUUCCAAUCCCAUGUUA